AUGUUGCUGGAAGACAAGUCCAAGAUCCUGUCCCUGACGGCCCUGGAGCGUGUCGGGCCCAAGGGCUACCUCCGUUAUGUUUUUCCAUUUGAGCUUCCUGAGAACUACGACAUGGCCGAGGUGGCCAGAGUGCUCCAGUCUGGCUACAACGGCCUGAUCCAGAAAAUUGCGGUUGUGGGAUGCGAGGCCGUACCGGACAACACGACGAAGCAGGCCGGUGUGAUGAUGCUGCAGGUGCUGGGUGAGGAUGAGCAGCAGCUGGUCGUCAAAGAUCUGCGGGCACCGGGGGCCUUCUGCAUGAGCUACGCCGAGCUCAAGGCGAAGAACUUCCCAGUAUCCGCGUUCGACGGCGAGCUGCUGCUGCGCCGCUCCGUGUGGCCGAGCCCGGGCGAGGAGCUGCCGAUCUCGCUGGUGCAGGCCAACUUUGUGCAGGGGGGCCUAAUUCUGACUUGGUGCAUCCUGCACAUGGUCGGAGACGGUAACACGUUCUUCACCUGGACCAAGGUCUGGGCCGAGGAGUGCCGACGGGCCGGUGGAGACGAGAUUGCAAAGCCGCUGAAGCUGGAUCCGGCCAUCUUUAGCGAUCGCAAGCUCGUCAUGCGAUCGACCGGCCGUCACCCCGGACGGCUCUCAGACCACCCCGAGUACACGCUCAUUCCCUUUACGCCGCAGGGGGCGCCACCCAAGAUGCUGUCGCAGGACCACCGCGGCCAGGUGUUUUACUUCUCCCCGGCCUCGCUGGCGGCUCUCAAGGCGGAGGCCUCGCCGGUCAAGGCUUCGAGGGCGCACCGCCAGAAGUGGAUCUCGACCAAUGACGCGCUCUCGGCACUUCUCUGGCGCACCGUGAUGGCGGUGCAGUCGCCGCUAGACUCGCUCGAAGGCGACCCCGUGUCGGUGUUCAACAUUGCCAUUGACGGCCGGCUGCGGACGGAUCCACCGGUGCACCCAAACACGCUGGGCUGCUUCCUCGAGUAUGUGGCCGUGUCGGCGCCGAUCCGGCAGAUCCUGUCGAGUCUCAGCCUGGCCGACCUGGCGGGGAUGGUCCGCAAGGCAAUCCUCCGGGCUGGCAAGCACUUCACUGGCGACGUGGUGACCAUCAUCGACGGGCUCGAGGACGUCGACCGACUCGUUCCGACGGCCUUUUUGGACGUGCCCGGCAACCACUGCGUGCAGUCGUCCUGGGCCAAUUUCGAGCUGUACGGCCUCGACUGGGGCUCGGGCCUGGGCAUGAUCCAGUCGGUCCGGUGCCCAGAAGUGGGCGUGAUCAAUGGCCUGCAGGUGGCACUGCCCACGCUGCCUGAUGGCGGAAUGGAGAUCCUCGUGGGGGUCGAGACAGAGGCCCUGGACAGGCUGCUGCACGAGCCCCUGUGGACCAGGUUUGCCGAGGCCCGCUGA